UAGUGUUCGGUGGCUCAUGACUCAUACCGGAAACACACAAGUACCGUACCAGGACCUUCCAGUGGUUAUAAGGAAAGAUCCCCAUGCACGCACGCGACGUUUCUUAGGCUACAUUCCAACUCAGGAGCCUCUUUAGGGAGCAGUCCCUAACCUUGGGAGAACCUGAAGUAUCAAAAGACUCUAAAAUUGGCGUUCUUAACCACUGAAGUUGAAGAACAACAGUAACGGCUACUGAGUAAGCGGCAUUCGAACGAGCCCAUGGCCCGGUCAUCUUGUUCUAUCCUCGCAGCAGCAGCGCUGGUGUAUGUGCAGUGCACCAUUUUCAUGUCGGCUGUGUCAGGCCAAUCCCGGCAUCCUCCGCGGGUAAGCCCUGACAGCAUCGCAGCAACAUGGCACACAGCGCAUGCGCGGCCCUAUACGCUUGAUGUCACGGUCACGUGGGAAAAGCCAGGGUCUGAUGUCAUCGAUGGUUACCUCGUCAAACUGGCCCAGCUGUUUGCAGAACCUGGGAACGAGGAUAUCUUUCCCCCAGAAGGCUCGUUCCCAGAUUUCUUCUCGGACGACAGCAUCGAUGGCCUGUUCGGUGGCUUCCCGCCGCCACUGUUUCCCACCGAACCAGGAGAAGACGUCUUCCCGCUGGAGGGCGCUUUUGAGCCACCGUCAUCGCGGGCAAACAUCGAGUCGUAUCUAAACUUGGGAUACACGCUAGUGACCAACGGAUCCUUUGUCGGGACGAACCUGAAGUACGGCCACCAGUAUGAUCUGAAGGUCUCAGUCGUUUCCAGUGACGCCAUCGGUGUUGAGACGAAUGAAAUUUUGCUGUCUCCAGAUUGCUACAUGACUACUUCUGACUUGGAAUUCUGUAAGGAGCAAUCCAUCAUAUUCUCCAGUGCGCCUGCGCACCUCAAAGUUGCCAACCUGUCACGUGAGGACUCCGAGAACGUCACGGCGGUGGUCACGUGGUCCCGGCCGGUCCAACAUGGCGGCCCGAUCUUAGGUUACUUCGUACGUGUGACCUUCGCCGGCACAGAUGACCUUGCGCCAUGUUCCCCUGGAGGAUAUGUUGACUCAACCACUGUGACCGGAAGUGACGACAUACCCUUCGUCAUCCGCAGGCUUGAAGUGGAUCAGCGGUACCGUGUGCAGGUGACGCCCCUGAUAGACGUUGAGAGGGCUGACACCGAUACACCCUACGGAAAUCCAGCUUGGGUGACCUUUGACACCACGGGUCUCCCUGAUUCUGAUUGGUCAACACGGGGCAACAUGGAGGAACCGAGGGCAGGUCACGUGGCAAGUGGGCAGCCAAUCACAUCAUCGAUGCCUGUCAGCCUGCUCCUGAUGAUAACAUUAUUGUUUUUUGUGAUGUAUAUUUAGAGUUAGAAAAGACAAACAAAACGUACUUCGUUUACAAACAAAACCUGACUAUGUUUACAAACAAAU